AGAUGUUGCAUUGUAAAUUAAUAGCAGUUGCCUUGAUGCAAUUAAUUGCCCCAAUAUUCAGAGCAACACAAUCACUUCUCAACUUUUCAAAUCAAAACUAGAGCAAUGCACUAAUUUGAACGUAAACCCACCUAAGCAACAACAAUUUCCCACUCUCACGGAAGUGCUGUAUUUUAAUGACGUGUGAUUGGUGAAAAACAAAGGAGAGAUUAAAAUCAGUCAAUUCUUUUCUUUCUCUGCAUCGCCACCUAGCCUAUAAAGUAAGCAAUACAAAUGAAUGCAGGAAAACAAAAAAAAAACAUUCAAGCUGAGUCUGUAUGAGAAGCAAGAACAUCAGUAGUGCUUGGCAUAAUAACUAAAAAAAACUGACAAUUUUAUGGAACCAGCCUCACCAACUUUGCAUUAUGUUUUGAUGCAUUCCCCUUGGAUAGGUCAAAGGUCAAGUUCCCUGUCAUAAUGACUCAAAACAAGGAGAAGGUUGAUAAUGUGGUGUAAUCACAAAGCAAGGAUCAGUCUAAAGUUCAUGGCUCAGUAGACAGCAGCAGAUUUCAUUUUCACAGGGAAGAGCAGAACAAGCAGCAGAACAGGAGUUGGAGCUCAGUGGACAACAUGGACAUCCUUGAGACGCAUGCCUAUGACAGACGGCAAAAAAGAAACACGUCCUGUGCUCUGCUCCUGUCUUUGUUGCCUUUCUUUUUGGCCUCAGCCAUGUACUUCUAUCUGACUCCACACUUCCCAGCGUCCAUCACGCUGGCGGCUGUCAAAUCGGCGCCGACACUCCUGCUGGCUGCGGCAGUGCUGAGCUGGAAUGGAGGUCAGAGUGUACUGGGUGUGGUGGGAGGACUUGUCUGCUCAGCUGUGGGCGACUACUGCCUGGUAUGGCCGGCGCUUUUCCUUCAUGGAAUGGUUGCCUUUGCUUUGGCCCAUCUUCUCUACUCGUUCGCCUUCCUUUCAUCUCGUUACAAGGCGUCUUCUUCCUCCUCGUGGACCGGCCUACUAUAUCUGAUCCUGGUUGUGAUCGCAGGAGGUUCCUACACAUAUUUGUAUCCGUUUUUACGAAAGGACCCCAACUCAGACCUUUUAGUUCCCGCUGUGGGGGGAUACGUUGUCGUACUCACACUGAUGGGAAUAUUAGCCACCAGAACCUGUCGCGGAUUUACACUGUUGGGAGGUUUGAUUUUUAUUGUGUCUGACCUUUCGUUGGCGUUGCAACAGUUUGUGUCGGCGCCCGUGCAACAUGGUAACACUGUUGUUAUGGUGACAUAUUACUUAGCACAGCUACUAAUUAGUGUUGGGGAUAUGAAGGCAGUGGAGAUCAAAAAUGACUUUGCAAAAUGGAAGAGGUCCUAGCUAGUUUAUUAGCAUUAUUAUAAAUUAGCAAAUGGCAAAUUGCUUUGAAAUAAUUGUAUUGCCAUAUUUAAUAUGACAAUGUAAUAUCCAUAUUUAAGUGAAAGUUGUCAAGAUGAACAUGCAUAAAAAUACCCAUUUUGACAUUUUAA